GUCAGAUGGCAGAAAAUGAUUAAAGGAAAAUAUGACAUCUAAUGUUUCUUUCAGUCACUGAAGAACUUGUUAGAAGACGUGCAGAACAUAACAAUUGUGAAAUAUUUUCACUUGAAGAAAUUUCUUUACAUCAGCAGGAAAUAGAAAAGCUAGAGCAUAUUGAUAAAUGGUGUCGAGAUUUAAAAAUUCUCUAUCUUCAGAAUAACCUAAUUCCAAAAAUUGAAAAUGUGGGCAAACUAAAGAAGCUGGAAUAUUUAAAUGUAGCUUUGAACAACAUUGAAAGAAUUGAAAAUCUGGAAGGCUGUGAGGAAUUGAAGAAACUUGACCUGACAGCAAAUUUCAUUGGUGAACUGUCCAGUAUUGAAUCCCUAAAAUGCAAUAUUCAUCUGAAGGAAUUGUUUCUUGUGGGUAACCCAUGUACUGAAUUUGAAGGUUAUAGACAAUUUGUAGUGGCAACUCUUCAUCAAUUAAAAUAUUUGGAUAGUAAAGAAAUAGAACGUUCAGAGAGGAUUAAAGCCCUUCAGAACUAUCCAGAAGUGAAAUGGAAAAUCAGAGAACAGGAACGAGCUUACCUUCUCAAAAGGGCCAGAGAAAAGGAAGAGGCUCAAAGAAGGAUGCAAGAAAAAAAGAGUGAGAAACAGAAACAGAUGAACUCUAAGCUUGGAUUUGACAGCCCAGACUCCACACAGGAAAAAUCCAAUCAGGAAGAAGGAGAUGGAGAGCAGGAAAGAUGCAGAACAGUUGAAAAUGAUGAUGAAGACAGAAAAUUUUGGGAGGAGCCUACACCAUACACUCCAGAAUCUAGAUUAGAAACUCACAGAUAUAUUGAAGGAAAACGGAGAGCUAAAGACAAUAUAAGGGAAUCAAAAAAGAGAGAGAAGACUGCUUGGACAUUGGUCACUGCAGAAGGAAAAAUUCUGAAUGUGAAUGUGCCUAAGCUUAAUUUCUCUUUGAAAGAUGAUGAAGAAAACAACCAGAUCAUCUUGGAUCUCGCUGUUUACAGACAUUUGGACACUUCUUUACUUGAUGUUGAUGUGCAGCCAACUUACAUCCGAGUACUGGUGAAGGGAAAGCCAUUUCAGCUUGUGCUCCCUGAGGAAGUGAAGCCAGACAGCAGCUCUGCUAAAAGAUCACAGACAACUGGUCAUUUAGUUGUCACCAUGCCAAAGGCUAAAGAAAUAAUCCUGGCUAAGCGAAAAGUUUCAGCUUCAAUUAAACAUUCUGACUGCAGUACACAGCAAAAAAACACGAGAAGUGGACCAGUUGAGAAGUUAGAAGUGGAUCCUAGUAAAUAUUCAUUCCCUGAUGUGACAAAGAUAAUCCAAGAAAAGCAACAAACUGGCCAGGGACCUAUAAAGCUCCAACCACAGAAGGUUACAGAGGUUAAGAAGAGCUGUGUUGAUUAUGAAAAUAAUGAAGAUGUUCCUCCUUUAAUUUGA